GACUUACUUUAAGAAUAACCGCAAACCUCUGGGUUUUGGGCAGAAAGGGGUUAACUGAACGGUAGGAAAGGCCCGCAGGGUCACAUAAAAGCCCUUUAACGGUACCGGGCAGCCGGUGACCUCCACUCGGACGACGCUGGCAGUAAUGAAGCCCGCCCGGCUGGUUUUCCAGCAACGCACAGAAACGCCAUAGUAACCGUUAAAAAAUACCGGAGAACAGCGGACUCUUCGUUUCGCUACCGCUGCCCCCCCACCUUUUUUUCUUCUCCUUUUCUUUUCGUCGCUUUGUCCUCCGGUACGGACAUGCAAACAUGCGCGAGAAAAUAACCAGGGCCGUGAGAUGUGAGCGGGCCGGCUCGGUGCUGUUAUCGGUAAUAAAGUAGGAAGAGGACGGACGCCGGUUGUCGUAUGAACCCGGGCAGAAGUCGGCCCAGCUGCUCGGUCGUUUCCACAGACUCAGAAUGAGGAAACCCAAAGGGAUUCGGAUGGUUUCUGCCUUGUGUCUGGGAUGUUUCAUUGUGGUCAUCUUCUACUUUAACAGCAGUCUGAGGCCAGAACAUUUGUCGGAGCGGAGCAGUGGGCAGAAAACCCGGAGGAGCCCCCUGCAGAGCCUCUAUGAGGGGGAACAGGUGGAGUCUGCUGUGGCGGCGGUCCAUCAGGGUCGCCGGGAGCUGCUGGAGGAGGCCUGUCACUCCUACACCCGCAAACGCAGAGUCCUCGUUCCCGAAGACCUGAAGCACAUUAUUGUGGACGACCAGCACGGCCUACUGUACUGCUACGUGCCCAAAGUAGCCUGCACCAACUGGAAGAGGGUGCUCAUGGUUCUGACGGGAGUCUCCGGUGACCACAAAGACCCGCUAGCCAUCCCUGCCAAUGAGGCCCACGUCCCGGGAAACCUCCGGACUCUGUCCGAGUACUCCACCCCCCAGAUCAACCAGCGCCUGCGCUCCUACUUGAAGUUCAUUUUUGUGCGUGAGCCAUUCGAGCGGCUGGUCUCUGCUUACCGCAACAAAUUCACUCGAAGCUACAAUACAGCUUUCCACAAACGAUACGGCACAAAGAUCGUCCGCCGGCACAGGCCAGACCCUCGGCCAGAAGCCCUGGAGAAAGGGGACGAUGUCUCCUUUGAGGAGUUUGUGUAUUACCUCGUGGACCCCGCGACCCAGCGGGAAGAGCCCUUCAACGAACACUGGGAGCGGGUGCACUCGCUGUGCCACCCCUGCCUCAUCCACUACGACAUAGUGGGGAAGUACGAGACGCUGGAGCAGGACUCCCGCUACGUGCUGCAGCUAGCCAGGGCGGACCAGAAGGUCCGCUUUCCCGCCUCGUCCAAAAGCACCAGGACUACCGGAGAUAUGGCAGCCGACUUCUUCCAGAACAUCAGCCCCUUCUACCAGAAAAAGCUCUACAAUCUGUAUCGCAUGGACUUCCUGCUCUUCAACUACUCCGUGCCAGCCUACCUCAAGUUCAGAUGAGGCCGGGGCGUCUUUCAGACACAAACUUAUGGAUCUGCUUCUCUUUCUGCUUUUAAUGGAAAAACAUGACAUUUUCAUAUCUGAGCAGGUGAGAAAAACAAACGUUGGCGAGGACAUCCCAUGAGGAGAUGGGAGUUUCUGACUCAUGAGGCAAAUGAGAUUUUAUGGAAGACGUGGAGUUAACAGUUAGUCACUGGCUCUGAAUGUGUGAAAUGCUGUUCAAGUUUUGGUUUUCUGCUGUUUCAAAGGUGAAUUUGCACAACAGGUGAUCUCUCCGGAGCAGUGGUGUCCACACUUUUUGCCAUGUGGGCCAAAAUUGUAAAGCGGAAAGUAUCCAUUUGCCACACAAACUUACUUUUUUUAACAAAAUGCUAGAUCAAAUUUCAUUGUUCUGUUUUAGGUUUUUUGCUCAACAAUGAACUAUAGAUGGAAUGUAACUGGUCUUAAAAUGGAUCUCUAAUUCAUGUAAGUCUAAGUUAUACUCACUUUUGCCACCCAUUUGUUUGCAAACGUUUCCAGUGUUUGGACAGCGCUGCUCUAGAGGCUGCAGGAGGAGAAUGAAUUGUAUCCAGAUCGUGUGUGGACAGCGAAUGUCUCCAGACAUGUGCCUUGGAUCGUGGGCCUUCACUUUGUCCCUUGGCAACAAAGACAGCUUUUCUAACUGUGACUAUUGUUCUGGGGUUUUUUUUACUGUAGGAAAAGAUUUUUUUGUGUAACUAUUAUUUUAAUUUAUUAUUUCUAGCUCUUAAAAAAAAAAAAAAAGCCAAACCAAACUAGAUACAUGUUCUUCCAUGUCUUUCAAAUAAAUGCAUUUUCAC